CAAAAUAUAAUAAUCCACCGGUCGGUAGGAAGAAAGUAAAAAGAAAACCAAUCAAUAAUCGCUAGAGAAAAUGGCAGAGCUGUUUCUGAAGCAAGCAAAGCAAUAUGCCGAAGGGAGGCCAACAUACCCAGAAGAGCUUUUCCAUUUCAUUGCCUCAAAAACUCCCAGCCGUGAUCUGGCUUGGGAUGUCGGCACUGGUAGCGGCCAAGCAGCCAAAUCACUAGCAAGCAUGUACAAGAGUAUAGUGGCGACGGAUACGAGCGAGAAGCAAUUGGAGUACGCGACGGCUCUCCCCAACGUGACGUACAAAUGCACCCCUCCCAACAUGACCAUGCACCAGCUCCAGACCCUCGUCGGAAAAGAGUCAACCUUUGACCUGAUCACGGUGGCCCAAGCCAUGCACUGGUUCGACCUCCCGGCCUUCUACGCCCAGGCCAAAUGGCUCCUCAAGAAACCCGACGGGGUCAUCGCCGCCUGGUGCUACACGUCACCCCGAGUCAACGCGACCUUUGACGCUCUUUUCGACAAACUUUACUACGCGGAUUUCGGGCCGUACAUGGAGAAGCGCAUAAGGCUGGUGGACGAAGAGUACAGGACCAUCGACUUCCCGUUCCAGGCGGUCGACGGAGGCGGAGGCGGCACCGGGCCGUUGGAAUUCAGAGCGGAGAAAGAGAUGGAUUUGGAGGGGCUUUUGACGAUGUUGAAGUCAUGGUCGCCUUACCAAACGGCCAAGGACAAAGGUGUGGAGCUGUUGGGUGAAGAUGUGGUCCAGAAACUGAGACGGGCUUGGAAUGAAAAUGGGGAAGGUCAUAAACUUGUUGGUUUCCCUGUCUUUCUAAGAAUUGGGAAAGUGGGAACGGAACCAAGUGGUCUCCAUGGUUAGACGACCCAUUUGAUAUAUUGUUAUUCCGUAACUAAUUACGAUUCAAAAGUUAUGACUUUUGAAAAAUUAGUAUCAUUUAAACUUAAUAUAACUUAAUAUAGACACAAGUCGAUCAGUAAUACCACUUGUGUUUCCCAUUUCAAAAUAAUGUUUUAUUCACUUCUUUAUUAUGGGAAGUUUGUAAAAUAUUACUACUACAUACGUAGUACGUACUAUGUUUGAAAUAAAUAAUUCACUCCGGGACUCAUUAAAUUAAUGUUUAUCUCACUGAAAUUUUGUCUCGGAAGUCGGAACAAUUCGACCUAUUAAUAUUGUACGGAGUACAUUUGUACAUGGUUCA